AUGGGGUGGGCUUCCUGCUGCAAGCGGUCGGACGGGGCCGAACCGGGUAGGAAGAAGAAGAAGAAGGACACAGCAUGGCGGGUUUUCUCGCUGAAGGAACUCCAGUUGGCGACGAACAAUUUUAAUUACGAUAACAAGCUUGGCGAGGGUGGGUUCGGCAGCGUCUACUGGGGCCAGCUCUGGGACGGAUCACAGAUUGCAGUAAAAAGGCUCAAGAGUUGGAGCAACAAGGCUGAAACUGAAUUUGCUGUCGAGGUGAAGAUUUUGGCACAAGUGAGGCACAAAAGCCUUUUGAGCUUGCGUGGAUAUUGUUCUGAAGGCCAAGAACGGUUGAUAGUCUAUGAUUAUAUGCCAAACCUGAGCAUACAUUCUCAACUUCAUGGACAGCAUGCAGCCGAAUGCAAUCUGGGUUGGGAAAGAAGAAUGAAGAUUGCCAUAGAUUCUGCAGAAGGGAUCGCUUAUCUUCAUCACUAUGCAACACCGCACAUCAUUCACAGAGAUGUCAAGGCAAGCAAUGUCCUCCUAGACUCAAAUUUCCAAGCUCGGGUCGCUGAUUUCGGGUUCGCUAAGCUCAUUCCAGAUGGUGCAACACAUGUCACCACAAAGGUAAAAGGCACACUGGGUUACCUUGCACCAGAGUAUGCGAUGCUUGGGAAGGCCUCCGAAAGCUGCGACGUCUUCAGCUUUGGAAUCAUGCUCCUAGAGCUCGCCAGCGGGAAGAAGCCAGUCGAAAAGCUAAACCCCACCACAAAAAGAACCAUAGCCGAGUGGGCUCUUCCUCUAGCUCGCGACAAAAAGUUCAAGGAAAUCGCCGAUCCAAAGCUCAAUGGUAACUUCAUCGAGGAUGAGCUGAAGCGAAUGGUGCUUGUGGGACUCGCAUGUUCUCAGAACAAGCCAGAGCAGAGACCGAUAAUGUCUGAAGUUGUUGAGUUGCUCAAAGGAGAAUCUGCCGAGAAGUUGUCCAACCUGGAGAAUGAUGAGCUGUUCAAGCCUGAACAGACCAGCUCGUUCCAGGGCUCAUCCGGGCCUGAUAGCUCGGAUUGCAUCACCGAGGAGAAGAGCUCCAAAGCAGAUGCCAUAGAGGCAGCAGUUGAUUCAAGUGAGACAGUUCCCUCGGCAAGGUAGUAGAUGCAUAGAGUGGUAUUGUCAGCAGGCGUCCUGAGCUCCCUGCCUGGGAGAAAUGUUUUUUUAUAUGAGUGCAUCUUUAUUACUAGGAGGUUAAUUUGGGUGCUUCCUUGCCAGUUCACAGAUAUGCUUAUCUGCGUACUGUCAAUUUGUGUUGGUAUGGUUUUCCUAUGGCUUGUAAAAUUCUGUACAUCUGGGGCUGAUUCUGACAGUAACAAACUGUUCACUGUACUGUCGUUAGCGUUUAGCUACCUCAAUCCAUGAAUGAUUUGUGUGCCACUGCCAAUCCGUAAUUCAUCAGGUUAUUUGGUACUUCCAAGGCAUUCAUAUGUAAGGGAAAAAGUUUGAACUUUCA